ACCAACAACUGUCUCUAUUUCUUCUUCUCCUCGAGGAGGCGGAACAAUUCAGCGUGCGUCUUCCUCCUGCGAUCCACCGACGCUCCCAUAUCGAGAGAUGGACGAGGGACCGGAAGUGGCGUCUCUGAAGGCUGUGACGCUGACCCACGUUCGGUACCGGCGAGGCGAUUCCUUGGGCCACUUCCUGGCGUGGGUCUCCCUCAUCCCGGUCUUCAUCAGCCUCGGCGGCUUUGUGUCUCACUUCAUCUUCCGCCGGGAACUGCAGGGCGUCUUCUUCUCCCUUGGCCUUAUCCUUUCCCAGUUCCUCAACGAGCUUAUCAAAUCCUCCAUCCAGCAGUCGCGUCCCUCGGCGAUGUGCGCCGCCCUAGAGGUUUGCGACUCCCACGGAUGGCCAUCCAGUCACUCCCAAUAUAUGUUCUUCUUCGCUUCCUACUUCACCCUCCUCUGCCUUCUCAACGGCGCCGGAACCUCCUCCCCUAGAUCCAGGCGUCUCCUCGCCCUCCUUCCCUGGCCGGCUGCCUUCCUCACCCUCUAUUCCCGAGUUUAUCUCGGCUACCACACUGUUGCCCAGGUUAUUGCCGGAGCGACGCUCGGAAUGGUGCUCGGUGCCGUCUGGUUUUGGAUAGUGAACACUAUGCUCGUGGACUACUUUCCGGCAAUCGAGGAGAGCGCAGUUGGGAGGUUCUUUUACAUCAAGGACUCCUCGCACAUCCCGAACGUGCUAGAGUUCGAGUACAACAAUGCUAGGGCUUUCCGGAAGAAGUUAGCAAAAGAUUGAAAGCGAGUCUUUGUUUAUCAAUAGGACUGGAUAACCUUUGACUGAAAUUCAACGAGAAGAAAGGAAUAUUUAGACUACAAAGGCGCACAGAAUUCUUAAAGAAUGAUAUUUGUUCUGAUCUUUUUGUUUCUUCUAGUUUGACAGUUGGUUUGUGUAAAGACUUAUUGAGUUCUUUAAAACAAGACGAUCAGAUCUUCUUCUAUUAAUUAUGACAUGCUUCAAUUUCCAUUUAACUCUUUAUUUGAGAGUACUUGUAAUUUGCAUACUGUGUAGCUAUUCUUAUCUUCUCACUACAUCAGUAAUAUUGAGUAUAAGAGAA